CGGCCAUGCGGCCAUGCCUAUCUCAUGCCAUCUCUUUUUGCUGUAGCCCGUAUCACCUCCCUGCCACCUUGGAUGCGUUUUGCUUUGGGUAAAACGUGAAGCCAUGGACUUGACUCGCGCAAAGAAUAGCUUCGUGGACCCCCGUGCACUGCAGGAUCGCUUGCGAAACUUCAGACUCUCUCCACAAGGCUUCUGGCGAAGUUUGCUAAGUUUGCUUUUGGCUGCUUGUAUUUCUCGAUAUCUACGAUCUUUAGCGCGAAGUUUCUGGUGGCAUCGCAGUAUGGCCAGCAUGCUGUUUGGCUCGACUGUGGUAAAUCUACGUCGACUUCUGGGCCAAAGGCAGAGGUACCGCAUCGAGAUUCAUCAACAUCGUGAGAAGAAAGAGGAGUAUGCUGUUUGGUGGCCGGAGCCUCCAAGGGCCCCAAGCGCAUCUCGAUUGUGGAUUCUUGUACCAGGUGGGAUGAGCGAUGCGGACUCUAUUGCGGGCUACAUUGAUGAAUUUCUGCAAAGCAACGUCAUUGCUCCUUCAGAAGACUGGUGCGUCUUUCACAAUGCUGGCACAGGCACAGCUCGUUGGCAGCACGGGACGUUCACUGGCCUAUCAGAUCCGACCUUUCUGCUGGAUUUCCUACAGGGGCUGAAUGCAAUGGAUUCACAGAACAGCUGCCGCUACAGAGAAAUUAUCACCGUUGGCUUUUCAGUUGGUGGAAUGCUGGCUCUGGCCACCGCAAGCAAAGUGGUUAAGCCCAUGAGUGGGAAGGACAAGUCUCUUGUGCAUGUCAAUCGCAGCCUGAGUGGCAGCCCUUGCCGCUUGCGCUUUGUCUCCGUCCACUCACCAGAUUGUGUCCGGACAACAUUUGAAGCGAUGACAAAGUGGGCUUUCUGUGCCCGACUGGACAUUCCAUUGACUUUGCACUUCUGGGCAGUGAACCUUCGAAGCGGUUUGCUCUUCAAAUGCCCCGGAGGUCCUUGGUUUCCCUGGCCACCCACCUGGUCAUACAUGCGGCGCUUUACUGAAGCUGCCUGGGCACAGAAUGAGGCCUUAAAGCUUGAGGCAGAAGGGAAUGCUGUCAGCGUUGAAGAGUUGAAGAAGCCAUUUGAACACUUUGACGACUCAUUUGCAUUGCGACUUCGAAAGGUGCUUCCAGCAGGAGAAGUCUUGCGCAUUCAGAAUCCGGAGGACCCGGUAGUAGAUCAAACCACUCUUGAUUCAAAAUGCUUACGAUGCUGCGAUAUUUGGUGGGUCCGUGGAGGCGGUCAUGUAAUGUGCUUUGGAGCCUCCAAAGACUUGGCAAGGCGUUUGCGGAAGUGGGUUGAUUGCAAACCUGCGGCCAUUUGAAGCCGCUGGAUCGAGUUUCGUGUCUUCCAUCUCGGUCCUGGAUUUACCAGUUUUAGUAUUAAUCGAUCGAUAUUGAUCUGAUGGCAACGUUCCAUCAUUCGUAAAUUCAGCUUAGCAAAAGGCAGAAACAGAAAAA